AAAACUCAAAGAACCACUUUUAAAGACACAUUCUAAAUCUUUCUUUACUAGCUAGCUUUCAUACAUUCAAGGUAAGGAACAAAAAAAAAUAAAAAAUUGUGUUCUAAUUAACCCUCAUAGUAGCUUUCCACUUUUACAUCACAAACAUGGCAAUGAGCAACAAUGUGAUAGGAGGCAUCAACUUCAUAGCCAUGUUGCUCUCCAUCCCAAUCAUUGGAGCUGGGAUCUGGCUAGCAACAGAGACCGACAACUCUUGUAUCCAAAUCCUACAAUGGCCCGUUAUCGUUUUAGGGAUCUUGAUCUUGGUUGUAGCCAUAGCCGGGUUCAUUGGAGGGUUUUGGCGAAUCUCGUGGCUCCUCGUGUUCUAUCUCAUUGCCAUGCUUGUGCUUAUCAUCUUGCUUGCGUGUUUGGUGAUUUUUGUGUAUAUGGUUACCGCUAGAGGUUCAGGUCAUCCUGAACCUAGCCGGUCAUUCUUGGAGUACAAGCUGGAUGAUUACUCGGGCUUCCUAAAACGAAGAGUUAGAAGCCAUUAUAAAUGGGAUAGGAUAAGAAGUUGUCUGACUUCUACUAGUGUUUGUUCUGAACUAAACCAAACCUAUCGCAUGGCUCAAGAUUUCUUCGAUUCACACAUUUCUCCAUUACAGUCUGGGUGUUGUAAGCCUCCAACACAAUGUGGGUAUACAUUUGUGAACCCGACAUAUUGGAUAAGUCCGAUAAAUAAUGCAGCGGAUAUGGACUGUCUCAACUGGAGCAACGACCAAACAAGCCUUUGCUAUGCAUGUGAUUCGUGCAAGGCCGGGUUGCUUGAGAAUUUGAAGAAGGAAUGGAGGAGAGCCAACAUAAUAUUGAUCAUAACCCUUGUGGCUUUGAUAUGUGUCUAUUUGAUCGGUUGUUGUGCUUUUAGAAAUGCAAAAACUGAAGAUCUCUUUCGUAAAUACAAGCAAGGUUACACGUGAUGAUUUAUAUAUCGAAGGCAACGAGUUUGGUGUGUGACUUGUUGAACAGAUAUAUCUAGUAGAUGCACGUGUAGCACUCUUAAGCAAUAUUAUGGUCUUUGUAUGAUUAAUUAGUACUCGGUAGCAACUAAUUAAUUAAGGUUUGGAUUCAAUUGAGAUGAGCUUGCAUGUUUCAAUGAGAUUGAUGUUUGUGUUUCCCCUAA